AUGCCUCCUCCCGUUCAGUCCGCAUACAAGCGCAUUGCCCAACCCGUCGUCGGCGAAAACGGAUACCAGCCAUGCCAAUGCGGGAAAUCUGAAGUCCUCCCCAAAGGCUGGAAUGGAUUCAAUGCCAAAGCUCUCAAAAGCGAUAUCCGUCUUGACCACGACGUUGAGAUUGUCGUCCGCGACGGUGUCCGUUUAUACGCCGAUGUCUACCGACCCGCGAAUACCGACGAGAAAGUCCCGGCCGUGCUGAGCUGGUCUUUCUACGGCAAGAAAUACAGUGCGCUGGAAAUGCUUCCCAUGUGUGUUUGGAAAUGCUGCGUGAAGCCCUCUGAUCUCAGUGGAUUGGAGAAGUUCGAAGGCCUGGAUCCGCAGACUUGGUGUCCUCGCGGUUAUGCUAUUGUCAGCGUCGAUACUCGCGGCGCUGGGCAUUCUGACGGGCAGAUUUGUGUUAUGGGGACACAAGAUGCAGAGGACGGGUACGAUGUUGUGGAAGCCAUUGCGAAAAUGGACUGGUGUAAUGGGAGAGUCGGCAUGGCGGGCAACUCUGCGCUUGCCAUUUCGCAAUGGUUCAUCGCUGCGCAACAACCUCCUUCGUUGAAAGCCAUUGCGCCCUGGGAGGGGUCUGGUGAUAUUUAUCGCGAGCAGUUCUGUCGCGGUGGUUGGUUCUCCAUGAGCAACUUUGAUCUUAUUGCCAAGGCAAUUGUUCGCGGAAGUGAGAGCUCUGGUCUAGAGGACUUUGAAGAGAUGUAUCGCCGCUCAAAUGUCUCAAGUCCCUUCUGGGAAGACAAGAGAGCCGACCUCACCAAAGUUCAAUGCCCGGUUUUUAUUCGCGGAUCUGAUGUGAGCUCGAUCCACACUAUGGGAUCUAUUCGUGGUUGGUUGGAGGUGCCUCAUACCAAUAAAUGGAUUCAGUGGGGAAGCAAGCAGGAAUGGUAUGAACUAUACAGUGUUCCCGAAUCCAAUGAGGAGCUCGGCCGAUUCUUCGAUCGAUACCUCAAGAGCAAACAGAAUGAUUGGGAGGAUACUCCCAAGGUUCGGUGGUCUGCUCUGCAAUUCGGAGAUCGUGAAGCAAUCGACGACAUUGUUCUUGAGGAUUUUCCUGCGCCUUCAACCGAGUACCGACAGUUCUUCCUCGGAAAUGAUCAACAGCUCUCCAUAACUGCUUAUCCACAGACACUUCGGAUCGAAUACGACUCGGAGGAUCGCCACAGUGUUGCCGAAUUCAAUUAUAAGUUCGAAAAGCCGGCGCGUCUCAUCGGCCUGCCCAAGGCUGUACUUUACAUGUCUUGCGAGGAGCGUGACGAUUUCACCGUCUUCGUCAUCCUACGCAAGAAGGAUAAGAAUGGGAAGGAGCUGAUGCAUCUCAAUUUCCCAUUCCAUGCUACGCCAGUCAAAUCAAUCGAUGAAAUUCCCGAGGCAGAGCAGGCUAGUCUGAAUCUGCAUCUUGGUUCGGUCGGCAUCCUGCGUGCCUCCCACCGGGAAAUUGAUUCUUCGCGAAGUAUCCACUCUCAGUUCCCUUUCCACCCCCACAAACGCCAGGAAAAGGUCGCUCCUGGUACGGUCGUGAAGCUGGAGAUUGGGAUUUGGGCGAUGGGUGUCGACUUUGAUGAGGACGAAUCUAUCAGCGUUAAGAUCGGUGGACAAUACCCCAGCAUUGCCGAGUAUAAGACUUUCUCACGUCCGAGACCGGAGCAUGAAUUGAACCGCGGCAAGCACAUUAUUCAUUGCAGCGAGGAGUAUCCUAGCUCGGUGAUCUUGCCCUUUAUUUAG